AUGGUCCACCGCGAUCCACGGCUGUCAAAAAUACACCCCAUCCCAGCCACGCUCGCCCGCAGGGUGUGGCAGGGCCGCAGGGUAUGGGUCGCAGGGUCGACCGGCUUUGGCGGCACACGCACAAAGUCUCACUCAAGCUUGGUAUCUUGGUAUCCAACCAUCGACCUAUCGAGGGGUCCUGGGCCCGGCCCCAGAGGGAGCCAGAGGAAGCCAGAGAGAGGUAAACUCAACUUUCACGUUCCACCGUCUCAACUUUCUCCCCUAUUCUCCACAUCCGAUGCUUCAGGACGGACAGGCGACUCUCGCAGGAAAGCACAUGAGAGGAGCUCUAACAAUUCGCGAUCGUCUCGCAAGCGCCAGAGCCGACUGAGGCCUCUCAGCCUCAACUUACACUCUCGCGUCGAAUACGACAACCCGGGAAAUGAGGGUGACGAGUUACCCGUAUUCCCGUAUGGCCCGCACAUCGUACUCAAGGCAGCAGAGUCCAGAGGUCGCUUCGCUCGCCUCUUACACCGUUCCCGAGGGACGAGUGAACGACACCCUAGAAACCAGGCGCAGCAGCUUAGGUCUAAACGCGCGGUAUCCCGUACAGGCCCUGCAAAUACCGUUACCAAAACACGCACGCAAACAAAGAAUCUCUCCAUCAAGUCGGGGUUGCCAAUGACUUCACAGGCCACUACGCACCAAGAAGUAAACUGCAAAAAGGGGUGUGUGCGUUUGCAGCAGUCCCUUGCUUUUUCUGGAUGCCAGAAACGCCCAGACUCGUCACGGCCUAGCGGUCCUGAAAGAAACCUAACCCAAAUCUCAAAAGUCAAGACAGCGGCGGGGGGCCGACUCGGCGAGGUCAUGAUCGAGAAGUUGCAAUCAUCAUCAACAGCCUCCCGCCGAGUCCAAAGUGCUUGCAUGAGCUAUCCGUACCUCGUCCCACAUAUCCCCAUCCGCCCUGCAAAGUCGAGCAUGUCACCUUGCGGAUACAGAUCCUCUGCCCAAAUUCCCAACCCUCACUGCGUCAAGGCGUCUCACCUCGCCAACCCUCCCAGUGUUUAUCCCGUUUUCAGUGACACGCAGGGUAUUCCGCUCGAUACCCUGAGGCCAGGCUUGAGCCCUCGACCCAACCCAACCAAACAAAACAAAACAAACCAUGCUCCCAACGUCGUAUCGUCCAACCCCUUCACCAGACUUAGAAACGCGUUACAGAUUCAAGCACCCAUGCAUCUCAUCCCUCUCCAUCGGUCCACCAGCUCCAUGACGUCCGACACAUCACCCACCGUCCGCCUUCCGCCCCCCCGGAACAUGCCCCCGGGGCUCCAUUCCCGCCGUCCUCAAUGCCAACCCUCACCCGGCGACGAACACCCCGUGGCAGUGCCGUCCCGGCUGUGGCGCAGAACCUUUAUUCAACUUUUCCCCAUCCCACAUUCCAUUCCUCCUUCCACGCCGCUUUCAUCCACUCAGGAAAUUCGGCAUCCUUUCAUUCCCCUGGUAUCCGCAUUCCUCUCCCUCUCUCUCGUACCUGAAUCUUCACGCGAGCGGAAACGCCACCGCCGUCAUCUGUUCCUCUCACCAUCACAAUCCCUUCUCUCAUUCCCAUACGACAAAGAAGACCCUGGUAUCCGUAUUCCGGAUAUGAUGCAUCCCACCUUUCUAACCCCUUCACCCCUCUUCGCCGAAUCAACCUUUCUUGGGCAGAGGCGUAAUCAAGAACGUUCCUACCCUGCUUCCCUGGUAAAGGGGAGAGUGAAACGCCGUCUGCGAACAUCUCACCCGCCCCGCCGCUACAACCUCAUGCAUCGAGUCGAUGAGCAAGAGAGAUAUGCCUGUGAGGUCUUCACAUCGAGUGUCGAAGCAAACGUCAUCCCUAAGAGCCAGUGUCGUGGCUUUUACGGCCUUCUGCCUCUGCAGAUGGUCCAGAUGAGGGCGUCAAUUCUAGCCUCAGCCCAUCUUGUGAUGUAUGUCUCUCAAUGUGCUUUUUUUUCAAUCGAAUGUUGGGAUAUCCAAAACGAUGCCGAUUAUUUCUACAUUUUUCUCAGUAAAAAUGAGCUUGUACACGGCAUCCUGAACUCCCUCCGACGGCCACUCGCAUGUAAUUACUCCUCAAGUCACACCGCGCUCCUAAAACGAGACAUCCACUUAAAAUUCAUCAUCGAUCAUCAACGUACCAAAACUCCAUCCAACUAA